CCUUGUAUAGUUUCGCGGCAUUUUUUUGUAGCGUCAAAUACGGCAAUGGCGUUUUGAGUUUUGACUAGUGCAUUAAUUCUGCUCUCUGAUCGAACCAAACCGUCACCCAUUUCCGUGACCACUUCAUCUUCUCGCCAAUCCUAGGGUUUACCGUCUCAGGUUCCAAAUGAUACUUACACUGAUAAUGGGUGUUGAUUGAGCUUUGAAGUUCCUUGGAAUACGAAAUACUUGGAAAAUCAGGAGAGAAUUGAUAAGUUGAAUUGAACCAACUUGGGGAAUAUUGUUUCGGGAUGAACGUCGUCAAAGUGAUUAAGUUCUGGAAAGCACGCAAAUCAAAUCAAAGGAAGGGUGUAAGGGAAGAGCUUAAGAAUGAGAGUAGUCGAGAAUUGGUUAAAUCAGCCUGGGCAGGUUUUGACAGUACCGAAGUGGAUGAUGACAAUGAAUUUAUCAACAAUGAAUUGAAGGGCAGACUGAAGGAACAUAGAGGAAACAACUCCAUGAUGCCGAUUCCCAAGGAGAUGUCUCCAGAGGACGGGGUUGAAAAAAUUGGCGAUUAUGAAGUACAAGAAGAGGGGGAGGAAAACAUUAAUGAAUGGGGGGAUUUAGAAGCUGGGAAGCUAUUCUGUGCUGGAUUUGAUGCUGUAUACGACAAAUACUGUGAGCGGAUGCUGUUCUUUGAUCAUCUACAAGUCCAACAGCUGCACGAAUUGGGUUCUUACUUUCCUUCAACUCCAUCUCCAUCUCCAUCUCGGAAAUCUACAUAUAAAAAGCUUGUGUCUACCUUUCAACAUCUUUCUUUGAAGAAAAUGGAUAAUGAACCUAAAGAUGAAACUGAACACUUGCACCGCCCAGGAUCCAAUCCUUAUCAGGAUCUUGAAACAGCUUAUGUAGCUCACGUUUGCUUGACAUGGGAGAUAAUUCACUGCCAGUAUACACAAUUGAUCCAGAAAAUAUCUUCCCAACCUGAAAGUUCCACCACCUACAACCACUGCUCCCAGCAGUUUCAGCAGUUCCAGGUUCUGUUACAAAGAUUUAUUGAAAAUGAGCCAUACGAGCAAGGUUUGAGGCCAGAAAUUUAUGCUCGUAUGAGGAGUUCCUUGCCCAUACUUCAGGUCCCCAAAAUACAAGGUUCCAUUAAGAGAAAGAUGGAAGAGGAGUUGGUGGUUCUAGCCCCCGAUCUAAUUAAAAUAAUUGAAAGCUCAAUCUCGACCUUUCAUCUAUUUCUGAAUGUGGAAAAGAAAAAAUCAGGCGGUGCCAGUAAUCUUGUAGGAGUUGAGAACAGGACAUCCACACCACUGGAACAUAUUCAAUCUUCUCUUGGGGAAAAAGCGAUUAAACUGAAGUAUCAAUGGAAGAAAAAAAAGAACUGGAAAAGGAAGUCCCGGAGUUGCACACCAGCAGAUGCAGACUUAUUGCUCGGGCUAAUGGAUGUCGAAAUCAUGGAAAGGCUUUUAAGAAUGGAUAAAAUUACCAAGGAACAGUUAUUCUGGUGUGAAGAGAAGAUGAAAAAACUAGAUCUAUCGAGGGGCAAGUUGCAGAGGGAUCCCUCACCCCUCUUGUUUCCUUGUUAGCUCCUCCUAACAAAUGUGGAUUAGGUAUACAGUUCUUUUACCUCUUAUGGGUUACUUUUCAAAGUUAAAAUUAUAUUCUUAUGAAAAAUACUAUGUGUACUCCCAACUUUUACUCCCACAC